UGAUUGGGACAAGAUAGAAUGGUCUAAAUUCAGUCCUGAGGAGAGACACAGGUUACGUCACCGGAUGAUAGAGGAGAAGCACAGAGGUCAUGACCUGAUGCAUGCUGAAAUGAUAUUAAUACUGUUUGCAUCUAUUGGGGUAGCACAAGUACUCCUCUUCUUAUGGAGAAUAAAACACAGGAAAUCCUACCAGGCCAUUACCUUAUUAGGCAUGUGGAUAAUUCCAUUUUAUUUGUGUGUUCGGUUGAGUUUCUGGAGGAUGAUCAUCGUAUGGUCAAUAUUCUCUAUUAUUACAUUAUUUGUAAUGUUUAAGGCUACUAGGAAGAAGCUUCAUGUCAACACUCCAAGGAUAGUGUACAGGUGGUUCCUAUGGAUAUAUCAAGCUAGUUAUGCUCUAGGUAUCAUUGGGUAUCUAGUAUUAUUACUAGUGUUCACUGGACUGGGACUAUUACUACCAGUUAAUCCUGACGUUAUACUGGAGACUGGAGUGACACUGGUGUUCUAUGGAGUGUACUAUGGUGUAAUGGGGCGAGACUGUGCUGAGGUCUGUCUGGACUACAUGUCAGCUGCCAUGACAUAUACUACAGGAGGUCAGUCGUUACCUAAAAUAGAACUAGCGUCUAACAUGUGUGCCGUCUGUGGCCAGAGGAUUGUCCUACCGACUGAGGACGAGAGUAAUUCUGGUAAAAUAGAAUGGACCUAUAGAUUAGGGUGUGGUCAUUUGUUUCACGAGUUUUGUAUUCGUGGCUGGUGUAUCAUUGGUAAGAAGCAGACCUGCCCAUACUGUCAGGAGAAAGUUGACCUCAAGAAGAUAUUUAAGAAUCCCUGGGAGAAACCACACAUUCUGUUUGGUCAAAUGUUGGACUUUCUACGUUACUGUGUAGUGUGGCUACCAGUGAUACUGGCACUUGUGCAAUUCAUUUAUUACGUGUUCCACCUGGAGUGAUAUUUGAAGAAAUAGUUAAUUUAAUAUUGAACUAAUUAUUAUUAUUAUUAUCUAUUCUUUAUAAUUAUUAUUAUAAUCUAUUCUUUUUGAAAUUGAUAUUAUUUUAGCUCUUAUUAAAAAUUAAUUAUAAUGAUCUGGUUAAAAGCUGGGAACAUAUUUUUAGAAGAAACUAUUAUAAUU